GCACAUCCGUUGGAAGUUUCAAAUUAGACAGCGUACGCACGCACGCGACCGAGGGUGGCCUUUCGGUGUGCCCGCCGUGCCUGCCUGGCGUGAGAAAGAGAGCGAGCGCGUAGAGGCCCCAGCGUUCAACCUCCCGGUCGUUGCGCGUCGCCGAGGGACGCGAUGCCGGACAUCUACUACUCCGCCAAGUACUACGACGAUAAGUACGAGUACAGACACGUCGUUUUACCGAAAGAAAUGGUGAAACUGGUGCCGAGAACCCAUCUGAUGUCCGAGCAGGAGUGGAGAGCUAUGGGCGUCCAGCAAAGUCAGGGAUGGGUGCACUACAUGGUUCAUGAUCCCGAGCCACAUAUUCUGCUGUUCAAGAGGAAAAUAACAACGCCUCUGGAGCUGAGAGACAAAGAGAAUUGAAUGCAGCGAUGUUACGUCGUUUUGUAAAUAAUUCAGAUCAUGUUCAUAUUUAUGGUGGAACGCUAAUUGUAAGAUCACUCACCGUUUCGUUUCUGUUUUUCUCUCUCUCUCGGUCUCGCUACCAAGACCAACGGUGUGCGCAUGAGUUAGGUCAAGUUUGCUUUCUACAAAUCUGAUUAAAAUGGGGAAAAGAAAUCCCGGAUCGUAGACGAAAUUUUCGAUAAAAUUCCACAGAAUAGUAUGUGCAUGGUCGUCCUUAUCUUUAAUUACUUGGCGUUGCCAUUCGUAAAGAAAUGUCAAGCAAGUAUGCUGUAUAUAUGUUUAUAGAGUUAGUUCUUAAUCCCAGUUUAGCCUUUCUUUUUUCCUCUUUUGCAUUGGGACUCGACAGUAAGGGAUAGGUCGCGAUACAUUAGCUCCGCAACACAACGUAAUAUUCUAGUUGCUUUCCAAAGACUGGUGACUUCGAAGCGAAAAUAAUUCAUAACAAGAACAUGUGAUUACGGCGCCUCUUCGUAGAAACUUGGGUCUAAAAUCAUUCCAUUCAUUAGGCGCCGAGAAUAAUCCCCUUCCUUUUAAGUUUGACACUUAACGCGAAAGUUUUUAAUUUAUACGAGAGAAGUGUAAGCGCAACUUUUUUUUUUAGUUCCACGUCAUUCGUUUCGAUAGCGUCAUUUAGCACCUUGACUUUGGUACAGGAAGUCUUGCAUUCAUUUCCGUCGCGAUUUUUGCGUUUCUCCCGUUUCGAGUGAACCUAUGUGCCGUAUACGAUUUAUGUAUCUUAAAAGCUAUAUAAUGUCGGCCGCGAAUAUUUUACUCGAAAUACAUCAGGCGUUUUCCACAUUUACGUUAGCUUAGCAUCCGAGCGAUUUUGGUUUGCUUUUAUAAGAAAACGGAAAGAGAAGAAAUGUAUUACCAGUAUUGUGUUAAAUAAAUGUUUGCAUUUA